GUUUAUUCUUGAUUAUCUUCCUUGUUUAUAGAACACCGAUACGAUAUUGAUAUGAGAUUCAGAUUGCCACUUAGAAAUUGUACAGUAAAAGACAAGUUCAUGGCUAUAACACUGUUUGGUCUCAUCUUGAUAGUAUGGAUUGGAAACUUUUCUCAUUCUGUUGGAGACAUUGAAAGAAGAAGUGUAAAUAAUGAUUUAUUUAAUGAAAUUGAAAAUUUGAAAAGAAGAGUUCAGGAGCUGGAACAUGGGUCUGAAGGGACAAGACAGAAGGUGUAUCCUGAAGUUGCAUUCUUAAAUGUGAAAGACAGAAAAAGAAUACUGAUAACUGGUGGGGCUGGAUUUGUUGGUUCCCACCUGGUAGACAGACUAAUGAUGGAAGGACACGAAGUGACUGUUGUAGAUAAUUUCUUCACUGGUCGGAAGAGAAAUGUGGAACAUUGGAUUGGCCAUGAAAAUUUUGAGUUACUCAAUCAUGAUGUAAUCAAUCCUUUAUUUAUAGAAGUUGAUCAGGUUUACCACUUAGCAUCACCAGCCUCUCCACCUAAUUACAUGUAUAAUCCAGUCAAAACUAUCAAGACAAAUACCAUUGGCACAAAUAAUAUGUUAGGCCUGACAAAACGUGUUAGAGGUAGACUGUUGUUAGCCUCUACUUCUGAGGUCUAUGGAGAUCCAGAGAUCCAUCCACAGAAUGAGGAUUAUUGGGGCCAUGUAAAUCCCAUUGGACCAAGAGCAUGUUAUGAUGAGGGUAAAAGAGUAGCAGAAACAAUGUGUUAUGCUUAUCAUAGACAGGAUGGUACAGAAAUCAGAGUAGCUAGAAUAUUUAAUACAUUUGGUCCCAGAAUGCAUCUUAAUGAUGGCCGAGUUGUCAGUAAUUUUAUACUCCAGUCUUUACAAGAUAAACCUAUAACUAUAUAUGGUGAGGGAAAACAGACGAGGUCAUUUCAAUAUGUAUCAGAUUUAGUGGAUGGUUUAAUCAGAUUGAUGAAUAGUAACUAUUCCAUGCCAGUUAAUAUUGGUAAUCCAGAUGAGUACACCAUUGGAGACUUUGCUAAAAUUAUUAAAGGUUUAGUGGGUGGACAUAGUAAAAUUGUUAAGAAGCCACCAAUGACUGAUGAUCCCAGGAAAAGAAAGCCAGAUAUUACAAGAGCUAAAAAUAUUCUUGGCUGGUCACCUAAAGUUCAAUUAGAAGUUGGAUUAAACAGGACAAUAGAAUAUUUUAAAAAUGAAUUAAGAAGAACAACACUAGAUGGAAGACAUUUUACAAAGUUACCAGGUGGUGCUUAGAUAUUGUAUGUCAAGGUCAAAUGUGGGAUUUUAUCAUUCAUAUUGUUUAUUAUAUCAUCCAUAAAAAAGUAUUUUAUACUUUUGUUUUUACAUCCUACUGCAGAAAUGAAGUCCUUCCUUUGCUGAUGAAAAAAUUGCAUCAGAAGAAAUAUUUUACUUCUCCAUAUUUAACUGACAAAUGUCACAAAUGGACUAAACAUUUAGAUACUAUCUAGAUUUAAUAUGUUUAAAACACCAAUGACCUGUAACUAACCUUCAUAGAAUUUCAGAAAACCUACGAAAGUUUGUUCAUAGUCAAUAGCUAACACAUAGAGUAGAGUUUUACUGCCUUUUUUAGCCAUUUUUCCAUAUGCUUCUAAUAAUCUUUAGGGACAAACAAUGUCUACUAGUAUGUAGUUCUGGGCUUAAGAAUUUAAAACUUCAUAAAUUUGUCAAACCUUCAUGGAGUUUUCAAAUACUUGAACAGAAACCUUUUUCAUAUUCAGCACCCUUUGCAAAAUUUCUGUAAUUUUCUGGACUGUCUGGAAAUAACCAUUGUACUUUUACACUGACAGCUGCCGUUUUAGGCAAGACACUGAUUUUCUUAUAAACAUUUGUGGAUUUUUAGACUGAUGGGUAAUGUAAACAUGCAUACACAUGAACAGGGUAAAUAAAUAAUGGGUUCAGUUAUAAUGGUGUGUUCUUUUUAACUUUUGUUCAUUUUUGAAGCAUUUGAUAUCGAAAACCUUUUAUUUGGAAUCUGCUUUGUCUUUUUGAGCCAAUUAAUUUUAUAGAAGUAAACAGUAACCAAUUUUUAUAAUUAUUGUGUAGUAAUAUUUGAUUAGCACAUAAUUUGGGUUUUUCCAAAAUUUAUUGUUUGCACUUUUUUCACAAGACCCCCAAUCAUUUGAAUUUUGAUUAGAAAUUUGAUGCUUUAGUGAAAAAUUGUUUGAAAUUACUGAUAAAAAUAAAUUCUAGAAAAGCACUUUAUACAUUUUGAAUAUCUAUCUACCUUUCCAUUGGAAUCAUGUAUAAAAAAUUAUUUGAAGUAUAUUCUGUGAAUCAGAAAAAAACCAAAUGUAACCUCUGAUGUUUAGAUUCUUUGUGUAAAAUUUCUAAUUUUUGAAUUCAUUGUUUUAUCUAUGAGAUAUUUGUAUUUUUUUUAUAUAUAUUAGUGGCAUUUUGUCUUUUAUGACGUUAAUUAUUUACUGGUGAUGUAUCAGUAGCUUAAAUAAAUGUUUGGCAACUUCAAAUCAUAGAGAUGUUGCCACUAGCCUAAUGUUUUGGUACAAUGAUUGACAAACAUUCAAUAUUUCAUCUCUUAAGUUUGUUCGCUACUCUGUUUAAAAAUAACAAGCUUUUUAUUAAAAGACUGUUAUGAAAUGAUAGUACAAAUGUAUAUGAUUAAAGAAACCGAAAAAAACAGGAAAAAAAUGGACGGUCCGUGUGCUCAUUUUCAAGAUAUAAGCCAUUGAAAGUUGGGCGGGAAAUAAUUCUGUAGAUUUUUUAACAUUUAACAUUGGCACAUUCUUUGUUUAAAAAAAUACAAAAAAAUAACAAGGAUUUUAUAGGAUUUUGAAAUAUGGCUUAUUAAAUUUUAUGUAAUUAUGAAAAAGGAGGAGGUAGUGGGCAUUUUUUUUUAAUUGCGAUGCAUGGAUUAAACCAGAGGAUUUGGAAAAUCUAGCAAAAAAUCAAAAAAAGAGUAGCAAACAUCCUUAAAUUGAUGUAACAAUCAUUCUUGCCCAUAUACACAUGAUAUACGGGUCAUUUUGUCAUACAUAUUACAUUAGGGAUUUGGUCAAGUUUUACUAUUGGGGUAAUGACUUUUUAUGUCUCUGAUAUAUCAUUUAUUGUGCAUCACCUCUUUUCUGUAGUAUACAACAUGUAUUUGGUACAUUUGAGUGAAUGUAAUCAACAUAUCAACUCUGAGUAACAUGAGUUAAAUGCUGCAUUUAGACCAUUUAUGGGUGAAGCAAUAUUGCAUAUCGUUGAUCUUUAACUGCACAAUCUCUGUAUGUAGUAUAAUGCCGUUCCACUACAUUCAGAUCACUAUGACUCAUACAUAUUUACUCAUGAGUUAAUUGAUCAAGUUUUGUGUUUAGUUUUGUAGCUAGCUCACAGGGGCUUGUUACAAUUGCCGGGUUUAUCAUCCAUAUGAACCCCUAAAAAAACGGUUCGUAUGGAUGAUAAACCCAGCAAUUGUAACAAGCCCCUGUGGCUAGCUCAGAAUUCCAUAAUGAUACAUAACUUAUUUUCACAACCACAUUCAUCAUAUAUGUAUAGAAAAACUGAUUUCUAAAGUGACCCAUGUUUUGAUAUGCUGGAAUCACAGGAGUUUAUGUGUUACAGGAAGGAUGUUUAUGACAUUUCAACACUACAGUAAAACACAGCAUUAUUCUGCAUCAAAAUGAUAAGGGAUUUAGAACAGUUAUGGUUUAUAUAUAUGCAGUUUAAAGUUUAAUUAACAAACUAGAAAAAAACCAACAUAAAUCUUUAUCCAUUAGAAAUUUCAUGCAAAAAUUACAAAUUAUAUGCUGUAUGGUUGUAGGUUAGUGUUGAAAAGAUUGAUAAAAUCAUGUUCAAAAAAUUAAAAAUAUACAUAUUAAAAUAUGAAUUACUUGUUGAUUUCAGGAAACUUAUUUAUAUCUUUAACUUUUUAUUAACCAAAGGAUGUGUAAGUAAACACACUUUAAACCAAAGGAUAUGUUGAGUAUAAGUUAAAACACUUUAAAGUUUGAACCAAAGGAUAUGUUGGGUAUAAGUUAACACACUUUAAAGUUUAAACCAAAGGAUAUGUUGAGUAUAAGUUAACAUACUUUAAAGUUUAAACCAAAGGACAUGUUGAGUAUAAGUUAACACACUUUAAAGUUUAAACCAAAGGAUAUGUUGAGUAUAAGCCAACACACUUUAAAGUUUAAACCAAAUGAUAUGUUGAGUAUAAGUUAACACACUUUAAAGUUUAAACCAAAGGAUAUGUUGAGUAUAAGUUAACACACUUUAAAGUUUUAACCAAAGGAUAUGUUGGGUAUAAGUUAACACACUUUAAAGUUAAAAUCAAAGGAUAUGUUGAGUAUAAGUUAACACACUUUAAAGUUUAAACCAAAGGAUAUGUUGAGUAUAAGUUAACACACUUUAAAGUUAAAAUCAAAGGAUAUGUUGAGUAUAAGUUAACACACUUUUAAGUUUAAACCAAAUGAUAUGUUGAGUAUAAGUUAACACACUUUAAAGUUUAAACCAAAUGAUAUGUAGAGUAUAAUUUAACACUCUUUAAAUAAAUAUCAAUUUCAGAUCUCAUUAAAGCAUAACUGUGAUAUGAAUACUAACCAUAAGUAUGCAUAGAGAAUAUUUAGCUUCAUUUAGAUGUUAGUAAUACCGGAACUUCCUUGUCGAGGUGAGGAAAUUGAAAACCAUUUAUUUCAUUACAUCAUAUUUAAUACCAUUAGAUCAUACUUUAUAAAUUCAUUAAUGUGGAUUUAUUUUUAUUGAAAAUGUUAUUGCAUGUUGGGAUUUGACAAUUUUUUCUUCUAUUCUAUAUGCCCAUUAUGUGUCACACAACUUUCUUAUUUUCCUUCUCUUAAUAUCAUGUAAGGCUAUACAGACAAAUAUCAUGAUCUUCAUUUUUAUUUACACUUGAUAUUGUGAAAUUUUAUGUUUGUGUGUAUGAAAUUUAUUCGUCUUGUUUUAAAAGUUUGUGCCAUUUCUUGUGUUAUAUAUAUAUAUUAAAAGUGAUGUUGGCACAAGUGUCAACUGCCAUAAGCUAGUCAUGUCUGUGUAUUGUCAACACAAAGAAAUGUAAUUCAUCAAGGAGUAUUUAUUAAAAUGUUAGGAGCACUUAAAAUAUAAAUGAGAGAAUUCCCUGAUUUUCUUAUUUUGAUUAUAAUCAGAUGUGUCAUUACCAUGCUAAUGUCUUAGACUUUUAAAGUUUAAUUUGAUGUCACAUAUUACUUUAGUCACAACAUGUUGAUAAUAAGAUGAACCAACCAAUUUACUUUCUUAUUUUUACCUAUUUUGUAAAAACCAACAUAAGAGUUAUCCUUGUUAAUGUAGGGUUAUACUUAUGCUUAAUAUUAGUAGAGAUGUGGCUUACUCAUAAUUUAACCAAAACAUAGACUAGACCAUAUAUCUAGUGGUCAACAAAGGGUCUUUAACAAUAGACAAGGGUCAAGUUCGUCAACCUCUAAAUUGUCAGGCUAGCCAAGUUUUAAAAUAAGAGAAAAUUUAAAAGAGUGCUACUUCAAACCAUAUGUAAUCUUUUAUUAAGUAAUUUAAUAUUGCAUCAAAUCAUGAACAAAACACUGGUAAAUUAUCUAUGCAAAAUCUGCAGCAGUUUACAUUGAAUAAAUUUAACUUUGGGAUUUUACACCAUAAGCAUAUGCCCAUGGAUCAUAAUUUUUUUAUAAGGUUAUUUUUAUGGGGGAGGGGGGUAGUUAUUAUAGUUAAACAUGUCAUCUCUUGGAUUUGGGGAAGUUUGUCAAUAGUUCUCCUACAGUUUUAUAUUGGAUAACACACCUUAAAAAAAUAAUGCUUUUGCACCAUUGAAAAAUAUGUGUUGAUUUGAUAAAAUCUGUAUAAUUAGUUAUCAAGAUGCCAGGAUUAUAAUUGAGUAUGCAAGACAUUUUGUGUACUUAAGACUCAUAAGUGACGCUCAUAUCAAAAUAUUUAUAAAGCCAAACAAGUACAAAAGUUAAAGAGCAUUGAGGAUCAAAAAUUCCAAAAAAUUGUGCCAAAUAGGCUAUGGUAAUCUAUGCCUGGGAUAAGAAAACAAUUAGUUUAAGAAAAAUUCAAAGUUUUGUAAAUAGGAAAUUUAUAAAAAUGAUCACAUUAUUGAUAUUCAUGUCAACACCGAAGUGUUGAAUACUGACCUGGUGUUUAAAGGUUGCGGAGUACUGACCCUUGUCACUUUAAUGGUUGGGAAAGUAGACCUUUGCAUUGUCAAUAACAAAUACUAGGAUGUUUUUAGAAUAUUUAUAUUAUGUGCAUUUAGAGAUAUUGUUAUUAUUUCUGUGUAUAAUUUAGUGAUUGAUAUGCAUUCCAAUUACAUUCUGUUUGUGUUUCUUUUUUAAUACAUUAUCAAAAUAAUUUGUGGCAAACUUACUGUAUUGUAAUAAAAUGCAUGUUUUUAAAUGUC